AAUAACAUGAUGUCCGUGGAAUCUGGUGCGAAUCUUGCCAACGAGCUUAUACGCUCCUUUCUGACUCUGGAAAAAAUAGAUGUCAACAUAUUCAGAGCUUCCCCUGUGAACCUCUGGAAGCCAACAGCAGGAAGAUUUGUAUUUGGAGGACAGGUUGUAGGUCAGGCCUUGGUUGCAGCAUCUAAAACUGUGAGCGAGGAUCACCAUGCUCACAGCCUGCAUUGUUACUUCCUCAGAGGAGGUAACCCUAAUCAACCUAUUCUAUACCAUGUGGACCGUACACGAGAUGGAAAUACAUACUCAUCACGCAACAUUAAGGCCACACAGGAAGGUGUGCCAAUCUUUACAAUGCAAGCCUCUUACAAAACGGAGGAAGUAGACGAGCUCCAGCACCAGUUUACCAUGCCAUCUGUCCCUGGACCUGAUGAACUCAAGGAUUCCGCAGACUUCCUUAGAUCUCAGCUUAAUGAGGACAUGCCUGACAAUCAAAGAUCUUUGAUUCUCAAGCUUCUGGAGGAGAAGAUUCAUGUGGAGAAACGUCCGGUUAACCCAGAAGUAUAUCAUCAUAAGGAACAGGGGGAGCCAAAGCGUUAUGUCUGGGUCCGAGCUAUCGGUGAAAUGGGAAGUGACGUGAAACUGCACCAGUGUGUAGCCGGAUUUAUCUCGGACCUGGCCCUCCUUGGGGCUGCUUUACAACCUGCCCCAAGAAAUUACAGACCCAGCUAUGUGACCUCUCUAGACCAUAGCAUGUGGUUCCACAACCCCUUCAAAGCCAAUGAGUGGAUGCUUUAUGAGGUAGAGAGUCCCCAGUGUGGGGCAGGCAAGGCUCUAUCCCUAGGGCGACUUUGGAAACAGGACGGUACCCUAGCAGUGUCAGUUGCCCAGGAGGGUGUUGUGCGGACCAUACAAACGGAGUCCAAACUAUAACAUUGUCAAUAAUAAAUUAUGUUUAAACAGGACUUAAGUGAAAGAUAAUGAUACCAUGGUAGAGUGCCAAAUUAAGGCUUUGACAUUAUUUUAGACAGAUUAGGUCUAUUUUGAUAAUGUCAGGCAAAUACACUCAUGUGAAGAUUCAGUUUUGAUUUGUGAAACACAGAUUGAUGCAAAGUUUAAACAUUUUGGCAUUGUUAGGGAGAUAGUGUUGAUGUUGAAAUAUUAACAGUUUUAUUAUAAUAGGAAGGGGUUCAAACUAGUGAACCUUAGGUCUCUAGCCAGACACUCUACCAAUCCCAGUAGUAAGGCAGCUUGUGAUCUCGUCUAUUACAUCAUAAGGUGAUGGAGUUCAUAUUGACAUAUAAGUCCUCACUGGUUUAUGAUUAAGAUUGAGUCCAUGUUGGCAUAUCAGCCUUGUUUUUUUUAGGAAGAUUUGGUGCAAUGUUUGUACCCUGAUACAGUGUGUUAUCAAUACAGUAUAAACUAUGUAUCUUCUGCAAAGAAGGACAAUUCUGUACCUUGUGAUAUUGAGGCAUCAGACAUUUUUAAAGACUCCAUAAUUGUUCUGUUUUACAAUUUUGUCAAGAGACGAUUGUUACAAAAUCAAUGUUUCUGAGGUUUUGGAGAAUGUAAUAUUGGUGCAUGAGCUUUCACUGUCGUUCACUUCUCCUGAGAGUUUUUUUAAUGUAUCUUUUUAGCUAUAAGCUUAUGCCUAUAUAAUAAGCCUACCUGUAUUUAUAAAUCUUCUCAGUAGAAUUGCCAAAAAAAAUACAGCAACUCCAAUCCUAUUAAAACAAGAGUGAAUGACUGGAAUUUAGAAAACUAUCAGUCACAGCAUUUUAAUAAAAACUUAUGGCUAAAAUUUAGAAAGCUUUCUACUGUACAGAAUUAUUACACACUUCAGUCUUUAAAGACAAAGAUAGACGGAAAUAAAUUGAGACAAAAUGUGGCGUAUGUGAGAGAAAUAGAUUGAAACGGACAGAGAGAGAGACUGAGAUCUCCAGUGUUUUCAGCAAAACAUUCAUUUUACUAGUCGCAUUAAAUUAUGAACUAUUUUCCUAGGCAAGUGAAUAAAAGAUUGGUUGAUAAAAACAAUGUAUUUAUAAAUGCAUUUUGUCGUUACUUUUGUUCAUCUGGUACAAAGGACCUGUGAAUGAAAUCAUGGUUUAGUAACAUUCAUUAUUUACACCAUUUUAUCACUGUAGCACCUAGAGACAUAUUUCCGAUGUUUUGUGCCAAGAUCAAAAAACAUUUCAGAAUGAGGUAAACAAACUUCACUCUCUUGAAAAAUUAGUUAUUGCUAGUACAUCAUUCAUUUUAUUGUUGUCACUUAUUUCAAUUUGUUAUAUAUAAUUAAUUAGUAUGUCAGAUUCCAUGAAUGGUGUUACGAAAAUUAGAGAAAUCUUUGAUUUUGGAUCCAACUCAAGAGGCAGUUAUUGGAGGACAUGUUUGCAGCUCUAUUCUAAACAUUUCUUCAAAGGGCUACAUUUCAGUCAAAAACUGAUAUACAACUUUUUCUUCUUCAAAUACACUUCAGUAUAUGUACAGUAAAACACACUUGAAUCAAAUCCAUUGGACGAGUCAAAUGUCCUGUUUGGUCCCGAUUUUUUCCCCUCUUUUUUUUCUAAGCAAAUUAAACAGAGAUCAUUUGAAAACUUUUGAGGCCAAUACUAUGGUCGUGUUGUAUAUAUUUUGUGGUCCAUCCCAUCAAUGUAGAAUAUUUAUGAGUACAUAUUUAUUGAGUUUUCUUUUUAAAAUAUUAUCUACAGACCUUAUUACUGUUAAGAAAAUAAAUGUGAGAACACUGUAUGUAUUACUUUAGAAAUCAGUUUCACAGAGUGAAGUGUAUGAGAGUGGAUGUCUAUCAACGUGUGUGCUGCAAUGACAGCUGUUUAUUUAAAUAAA